UCCCUUUAAACCACAUGUGAGUCUGUCUCUCUGCUCCUGGACUGAGAGAGCUCCUAAGAUGCCACGAUCAUUCCUAGUCAAGAAACACUUCUCUGCCAAUAAAAAGCCCAAUUACAGUGAGCUGGAGAGCCAGAGAGUGUACAUCGCUCCGUACCUAUAUGAUAAGUAUUCCUCCAUUCCGUUGAUACCGCAGCCUGAGAUUUUGAGCACCACGGCCUAUUACCCACCUGUAGUUUGGGACACUGGUUUAAUUACGACGAUUUUCACGGCCGAGCCCGACUUUCAGAGCUCUCCCACGUCUCCUGCCAUUGAGGGAUCCAAACCGUUAGACCUCAGUUCCUUCUCCAGUGAGGACGACGAGAGCGGAAAGACCUCGGACCCCCCCAGCCCUGCUUCCUCCGCAACAGAAGCUGAAAAGUUUCACUGCGGUCAGUGUAACAAGUCGUACUCCACCUUCGCCGGACUGUCCAAACACAAGCAGCUCCACUGUGACUCUCAGAAUAGAAAGUCUUUUAGCUGCAAGUACUGUGAAAAGGAAUAUGUUAGUCUUGGGGCUCUAAAGAUGCACAUCAGGAGCCACACACUACCCUGUGUCUGCAAGAUCUGCGGCAAAGCCUUUUCCAGACCGUGGUUACUGCAAGGACAUAUCAGAACUCAUACCGGUGAAAAACCUUUCUCCUGUACACACUGCAACAGAGCCUUCGCUGACCGGUCAAACCUCCGAGCGCAUCUUCAGACCCACUCAGAUGUUAAGAAGUACCAGUGCAAGACUUGCUCCAGAACUUUUUCUAGAAUGUCUUUGCUCCACAAACAUGAAGAGACAGGCUGUUCUGGGGGUCACUAAGAACUUUUUGCAUGUUGGACUGAAACAGACUCUAUACUCCUCCUUCGGGGGGGAGUACAUUUAAUUAUUUUUGCUAUAUUUGUUUAGCAAUCUGACAAUCUCUCGUUCUGGAAUCCUCUUCCUGAUUCACACUUAAUCUUCUCAAUAGACUGUACAUUUGGAAUCGAGUGCCUUAUUACCAAAUCCCAGAGAUGCGUUACAUUUUUACCAUGUGCACAAUCAGCAUUCUUCAAUUCUCUUUUUUUAUAUAAAUAUAUAUAUAUUAUUUUUUUGUUAAAAAAAACAAACAAACAAAACCAAAUAGUUUCAUUACGUUUUCAAUACUUGUUAAAGCUCUAAAAAAUAUCUUGUGGGUUUCAAACCUUUUUUUAAAAUGGAUAAGAAGAUAAAAUUGUUGAUUAUAUCCCGAUCUGUUGAGUGUGCUGGAAAUAGCCCAAACGAUAUAAAUUUAUGAAGGAAAGAAUUGUUAGAUGUUUUUUUUAUUGUAAUAUUGUGACUGUAAAUAUGCAAACAACAGAGGAACUAUGCAAUAAUAUAUCACGGCUAGCGGCAGGUGCUUGAUCACAGUACAAUGACAAUUUGCAACGCCUGCACAGUUAACGUAGAUUAUGAAAGGUAUUGGAUACAUUUUUCUUUUUUCUCUCCAAACAUCUAUUCUGUUUACAGAGCGGCUAUACGCUCAGACACCUGUUUAAUAUAGCUCUUAACAACUUCCUUUGUAGAAAACCCGUAUUAAUAGUCAGACAGUUGUCAGCUUAUAUACAAAGACUAACUGUGGAACACCAGCGCAGGCAGGUGGGAAUCUAAAAUUCGCAUUGACAGGUGUCUGAUGAAUGCCUCUUUUAUUCUUAAAAUAGUCUCUGCAUAAUCCUUAAGACAAAUGUUUACAUUUCAAAGGUACACUGGUAUUUAUAUAUAUAUAUAUA